GGGAGAAGCAGGCUCCAUGCAGGGAGCCUGAAGUGGGACUCGAGAUCCCGGGAUUCCAGGAUCAUAUCCAGGGCCGAAGGCAGGUGCUAAACCACUGAGCCACCAAGGGAUCCCCUGCUUAAAACCUUUUAAUGGUUUCAUUGCACCAGGACUGAGGGAAACCCUCACAGCCUGGCAAUGCUGAUUUUGCCAGCUUCUUCCCUCCUUAAUCUAUAGUCUAGGUGGGAGUCAUGGAGAGUACUAGCUCUAGGUAGCACAGUGGGAUCUGGAUCUGGAUGGCAUCUAUGGGCAUCUUCAGGUGGCACAAUGGCAAGGAGGCAUGACACUUAAUGGGCCAGGGUCAGGGAUGCUGGACAUGUUGCCGGGAGGACAACAGUCCCAUCACUGAGCCAUUGUCCUGCAUCCCUUUGAGUAUGUCUUGCAUGGUUUCAAUAUAUCCUGAAAUUGGUGGGAACCUAACUAUGGGGAAACUAAAAAAAAAAAAAGCUUAUUCUCUGUUUUGUUUUAUUGGAACUUCACUGGGAGUCAGUCACCAUUUCAGGAACUAAGGGCACCACCAGUCACAUUGUUUAUAGCUAUUGUUUAUAGCACUCGAGCUACGAACACUAUGUGUGGCCAUCGUGUGGACUCUAAUGUGCCUACACUGGACGACACCAGAUCUUUCAGGGUGGGUAUACCUAAGCCUUUACAGUUGAAAUAUAGAAGUAUAUUCCUCUUUCAUGAAGUGAUAGUAUCUUUCUGAUUCUGAAGUGAUAAGUAUAGGUAGGCUGCACAGUCCACAAAUCUCCUUCAAGAAUUGGAAAUAAAGGUCCUUUCCGGCGGUGACGACCUCCCCACGAGAACAUGCCCCUUGCAAAGGAUCUCCUGCACCCGUCCCCGGAAGAGGAGAAGAGGAAGCACAAGAAGAAGCGCCUGGUGCAGAGCCCCAACUCCUACUUCAUGGACGUGAAGUGCCCGGGAUGCUACAAAAUCACCACCAUCUUCAGCCACGCACAGACAGUAGUUCUGUGUGUCAGCUGUUCUACCGUCCUCUGCCAGCCCAUGGGAGGAAAAGCAAGGCUUACAGAAGGAUGCUCCUUCAGGCGGAAGCAGCACUAAAAGCUCCCUGAAUCAAGAUGAGUGGGACACUAUCCCAAUAAACAGAUUUUGGAUUAAAAAAAAAAAAAAAGAAUUGGAAAUAAAGGAUGUGUUAGACUAUGUCUAUAAUCCAUGAGGGAGGGGCACUGGGCAGGACAGCCCCCAGAACUGCUGCUCUAACUACACGGGGCCUCUGUCAGUUCUCUGGGAGGGGUGGGCUCUCCCUUGCCUCCAGGCCUUUCCACAGGCUGUUACCUCCACUUGGAGCCUUCUCUCCACUUUUGCCUUUUUUUUUUUUUUUUUAAGAUUUUAUUUAUUUGACAGAGAGAUAUAGAGCAUGCGGACAAGAAGGCGAGAGGCUGAGCGAGAGGGAGAAACAGACUCCCUGCAGAGCAGGGAGCCCAACACAGGGUUCCAUACCAGGACCCUGAGAUCACGAAGAGAGCUGAAGGCAGACACUUAACCAACUGAGCCACCCACGUGCCCUUUACCAAAUUCUGACUUGAUCUUCAGGCCUGAGCUCUGCUCUGGGAGAUGAUUCCAGGCCCCCAGGCCCAACCUAGCAUCUCUUCCCUGUGCUCCCACGGCCCCUGGCUGCCCUCAGCAUUGGGUUGGCAAACUAUUGCUCCUGGAGCCCAUCUUUGUUGGCCUGAGCAGAUUCCACGGAACAGGCCAUUUAAGGAACCCAGACAUCAGUGUCUAACUUCCCUCUGCUCCUGCCGUGAAAGGAGGUGUGG